GAAUGACAAAGGUGCCGCCCAAUGGGCUGUCCGAUCUCCUCCCCCUGCUCAACGAGGCUGGGGGAGUCGAGCCAGCGCUCCUCUUUUUCUGUGUCUCAUUCACAAGAUGGCGGAGGCUGCAAACUGCAUCAUGGAGUGGGCAGCAAGCUACCUGCAGCUGCUGAUGGUUGAGACAAGAUUGCUCUUUCCCUUGCUGUGAUGUUCCUCUCUGGAAGCAAGAAAAUUAAGCCGGUCUCGUGCACCCAGCCGGAAAGCAGCUGCAAGCCAACGGCAGAGGAGAUGACCUCCAAGGAUUACUAUUUUGAUUCUUAUGCCCACUUCGGGAUCCAUGAGGAAAUGCUGAAAGACGAGGUACGCACGCUGACCUACAGAAAUUCCAUGUUUCACAAUCGGCACCUCUUUAAAGACAAAGUGGUCUUGGACGUUGGCAGUGGGACCGGAAUCCUGUGUAUGUUCGCAGCCAAGGCUGGUGCCAAGCGGGUCAUUGGGAUUGAAUGCUCCAGUAUCUCUGACUAUGCCGUCAAAAUCGUUAAAGCCAACAAACUUGAUCAUGUGGUAUCCAUCAUCAAGGGCAAAGUGGAGGAAGUGGAGCUGCCCGUGGAGAAAGUUGACAUAAUCAUCAGUGAAUGGAUGGGCUACUGCCUCUUCUAUGAGUCUAUGCUCAACACUGUCAUCUAUGCCCGGGACAAGUGGCUGACCCCUGAUGGACUCAUAUUUCCAGACCGUGCUACGUUGUACAUCACUGCUAUUGAAGACCGGCAGUAUAAAGAUUACAAGAUCCACUGGUGGGAGAAUGUGUACGGCUUCGACAUGUCUUGCAUCAAAGAUGUGGCUAUCAAAGAGCCUUUGGUGGAUGUCGUUGACCCGAAGCAAUUGGUCACCAAUGCCUGCCUCAUCAAGGAGGUGGAUAUCUACACAGUGAAGGUGGAGGACCUUACCUUCACGUCGCCCUUCUGUCUCCAGGUGAAACGCAAUGACUACAUCCACGCUUUGGUCGCCUAUUUCAACAUAGAAUUCACUCGUUGCCACAAGCGCACUGGAUUUUCCACCAGUCCUGAAUCUCCCUACACCCAUUGGAAGCAGACAGUCUUUUACAUGGAGGACUACCUAACAGUAAAAACAGGAGAGGAGAUAUUUGGCACCAUUGGCAUGAAACCUAACGCCAAGAACAAUCGAGAUCUGGACUUCACCAUUGACCUGGACUUCAAGGGCCAGUUGUGUGAGCUGUCGUGUUCGACGGAUUACCGGAUGCGUUAGCCCAUCUGCCAAUUUUUUUCUCCUCCUUCUCCAACCAACCUUGCACCCAGAGCUAACCCUCCCUAUCGUCCUGUUUCAGUUGGUGUAUCACUAAUUCAUUUCAUUGUGUAGUUCCUUGUUGCUGCAACUCUGGGGCCAGCAAGGAGAGGGUCAGUAUUAGAGGCUAGGGGGAAAUAGCCAAGACUCCCCUCAAUCCCGUUGCCCCUCAUUUUCAAAUCUCCCCCUCCCCUCUUCAGCCAGGAGCCAAGGCUGUUAGCACAACUGAAGACAUGCAGGUGGUUUGUCCAUCCGUCCGUUUGUUCUGAGGCCCGAGUGCCGACAGCAGAUUUCCAUCAUGAUUUUUUUAUUUUAUUUUUGUUUGUUAAAUCAUUGUUGGUGUUACCCGCCAAACUGUGUUGCCUGGGAUUCUUCUCCCACCCACCCCAUUUUUCCAGAGUAACUCUGCUCCUCACAAUCUCCUCUGCUCCAGUGCAAACGCUGCUCAGUUUUGGGAGGGGGGGUACACACACUUCUAGCUGGUGUCCAAAUGGGGUGGGGUGGGGGGUGGUUUUCCCAAUAGGUUUUUAUCAAGAGGGCAUGUGAAGGGGUGUGGGUGGAAAAGGCAUCUCCAUUUUGUGGGUGUUUUUUUUUUCCACUGACGGUUUUGUACUUUUUUCCCUCUUAAAAUUCCCUGUUUGGAUCUGUGGGAGGGGGCUGUGUUUUUUUAAUCCCUUUGAAAGCUGACAUCGUGUGACUGUUUCAUAACUUAUGGUUUUUAUAUGGUUACAUUCAUGAGGGAAAAAUAAUAAUAAAGAGGUUGAAACCAA